GCACUCCGCGCCUUUCUUGUGUCACCGCUACGCAUGCGCUUUGGAAGAAGUGGGGGGCGAGAUUUCGGGGGAAGGGCAGGGGGUGGGCCUAAGCUGAGGUCUCACAGCGACUGCGCGGACGGGUUCCCUACUGGAACAUGGCGACUUGCGCCGAAAUCCUGCGGAGCGAGUUCCCUGAAAUUGACGGACAGGUCUUCGACUACGUGACUGGCGUCUUGCACAGUGGCAGCGCGGACUUCGAGUCUGUGGAUGACUUGGUGGAGGCUGUGGGGGAACUAUUGCAAGAGGUGUCCGGCGACAGCAAGGAUGACGCGGGCAUCAGGGCCGUGUGCCAGCGCAUGUACAACACUCUGCGCCUGGCUGAGCCACAGACCCAGGGAAAUACCCAGGUGCUACUGGACGCCCCCAUCCAGUUGUCAAAGAUAACAGAGAACUACGACUGUGGAACCAAACUUCCAGGACUGCUAAAGAGGGAACAGUCCUCGACCGUGAAUGCAAAGAAGCUAGAGAAGGCUGAGGCUCGACUGAAGGCAAAGCAGGAGAAGCGCUCAGAGAAGGACACACUCAAGACCAGCAACCCUCUAGUUUUGGAAGAGGCAUCAGCCAGCCAGGCAGGCAGCAAAAAGGAAAGUCGGUUGGAAUCAUCUGGCAAGAACAAAUCCUAUGAUGUACGAAUUGAGAAUUUUGAUGUGUCUUUUGGUGACAGGGUACUGCUAGCUGGAGCUGAUGUGAACCUGGCAUGGGGCCGCCGUUACGGGCUGGUGGGGCGGAAUGGGCUGGGGAAGACAACACUGCUGAAGAUGCUGGCCACCAGAAGCCUGCGGGUUCCAGCCCACAUUUCCCUACUGCAUGUAGAGCAGGAGGUUGCUGGAGAUGACACCCCUGCCCUGCAGAGUGUGCUGGAGAGCGACAGUAUUCGAGAGAACCUGCUACGGCAAGAGCGGGAGCUCAGUGCCCAGGUUGCUGCUGGCAGGGUGGAGGGCUCAGAGGCUACACAGCUGGCAGAAAUCUAUGCCAAAUUAGAGGAGAUUGAGGCUGACAAGGCACCAGCCAGGGCAUCAGUCAUCCUUGCUGGGCUUGGCUUUACCCCUAAAAUGCAGCAACAGCCCACCCGGGAGUUCUCAGGUGGCUGGAGGAUGAGACUGGCCCUGGCACGGGCCCUAUUUGCUAGGCCAGAUCUUCUACUGUUAGAUGAGCCCACAAACAUGCUGGAUGUAAGGGCCAUCCUGUGGCUGGAGAAUUACCUGCAGGUGAGUGCCUACAGGUGCUGGAGUGGGUUUGGGGAUUGUCUGCCUCCAAGACACUUGGGGGCCUGGGAACGGACUGCCCUCCCAAACCGGGCCUGCCAUCCUGUGACCCCUCAGACGUGGCCCUCCACAAUCCUAGUCGUCUCCCACGACCGCAACUUUCUGAAUGCCAUCGCCACAGACAUCAUUCACCUGCACAGCCAGCGGCUAGAUGGUUACCGUGGAGACUUUGAGACCUUCAUCAAAAGCAAGCAGGAGAGGCUGCUCAACCAGCAGCGUGAAUAUGAGGCACAGCAGCAGUAUCGCCAGCACAUCCAGGUUUUCAUUGACCGGUUUCGCUACAACGCAAACAGGGCCUCUCAAGUGCAGAGUAAACUCAAGAUGUUGGAGAAGCUACCAGAGCUGAAACCCGUGGUCAAAGAAUCAGAGGUGGUGCUGAAGUUCCCUGAUGGAUUUGAGAAGUUCUCACCACCAAUUCUGCAGCUAGAUGAGGUGGAUUUCUACUAUGACCCUAAACAUGUCAUCUUCAGUCGUCUCUCCGUCUCUGCUGAUCUUGAGUCCCGCAUCUGUGUGGUUGGGGAGAAUGGGGCUGGGAAGUCCACCAUGCUGAAGCUGCUUAUGGGGGACCUGGCACCUGUUCAAGGCAUCAGACAUGCUCACAGGAAUCUGAAGAUUGGCUAUUUCAGCCAGCACCAUGUGGAGCAGCUGGACCUGAAUGUCAGUGCUGUGGAACUGCUGGCACGCAAGUUUCCUGGGCAGCCCGAGGAGGAAUAUCGUCACCAGCUGGGCCGGUAUGGCAUCUCUGGAGAACUGGCUAUGCGCCCUGUUGCCAGCUUGUCUGGGGGUCAGAAGAGCCGAGUGGCCUUUGCUCAGAUGACCAUGCCCUGCCCGAACUUCUAUAUUCUGGAUGAACCCACAAACCACCUGGACAUGGAGACAAUCGAGGCUCUGGGCCGCGCUCUCAACAGUUUCAGGGGUGGCGUGAUUCUGGUGUCCCACGAUGAACGCUUCAUCAGGCUGGUGUGCCGGGAGUUGUGGGUGUGUGAAGGAGGUGGCGUCACCCGGGUCGAAGGAGGAUUUGACCAGUAUCGCGCCCUCCUCCAGGAACAGUUCCGCCGUGAGGGCUUCCUCUAGGGCCGCCAGGCUGAGGACUGUGCCCAGGACAUGGACUGGUCUCAGACCCUGGGCCACCGUGUAGGCAACCAACUCCAGGCUGAGGACUUCACUCGACUUGGGGACAGCCUUAUUCCCAAAUGUCUCUCUCCUUUCCACUGGAGCAUCCUCUACACAACCUGGGGAACCCCAUCCAAGGGUCUGUGAGGACUGGUCUCCCGGGGGAAGGGAUUAGGGGGUACCUUCUGGGGUUAUAGAUUCCUCCACUGCCCCAGGUCUGCCUGGGCCCCACGUGGCUGCUAUGUAAAUUAAAUUUCCCCCUGCAUC